AUGCUGCCCAAAACUGUCGCCGUUUUCGCGGCCUUCCUGUCCAUGGGGGGUCUAGACCUCGUCGACGCGCAACCCGAGCACCUUCCCAACAAGAAAGGCCUCAUCGAUGCCCUCACAGGCAACUCCGCCCCGCAAUCGCAGGAUUCCAACGAGGGCGCAUUCAACUCCCAGAGCAGCUCUGGAAUCCUGGGUAACAUCUUUGGUGGUGGUGGUGAAUCCAACACUCCCGAGCCAACGAUUUCUGCUCCGCCAACGAUUGUCUUGCCCUUGACACUUUCCGUCGAUCUCAAAGGUCAAACGCACACCAUCACCGGUACGCCUUCCAGUGCGCCUGCUGGUGCCUCGACAGUCACCAGUUCGAUCUGGACCUCCGAGACGGCCGUUUCGAGUGCUCCCGCUUCGUCUGUUGCCAUUACCCCAACCGAAGAAACAUCCGAACCCGCUUCCCCACCUCCUACGUCGUCUCCAGCCCCGUCCUCUCCUGAGACAACAACAUCGAGCAGCCCCGCCCCCAGCUCGAGCGACGACAGUGAUAGUGGCCUGCUUGGAGGCCUUCUGGGCGGUGAUUCGGGCGCCUCGUCCACUCCCGCUCCUAGCUCUUCGAGCACAUCUGAUGACCAGAGUGGUGGCCUCCUCGGAGGUAUCUUGGGUGGUGAUUCGAGCUCGAGCUCGAGUUCCUCGUCCGUUCCUGCCACUCCGACCGAAACUCCCGAGUCUCAGACUCCGUCUAGCUCUCCCGUGCCUAGCUCUUCGAGCAGCCCCGACGACCAGGACAGUGGAUUGCUUGGCGGACUCCUAGGUGGUGACUCGAAGACUACGACCAGCUCUUCUGCGUCUAGCACGCCGGCCGGCACCAGCGACGACCAAAGUGGUGGUUUGCUUGGAGGACUUCUUGGAGGUGAUUCCACCAGCUCCAACACUGAGUCGCAAACUCCUGCCAGCACUCCCGCGUCGAACACUGCGAGCGCUAGCAAAGACAAUGACGGCGGCUUGCUUGGAGGCCUCCUUGGAGGUGGCUCGUCCCAGACGACCGGCUCUCCCGCUUCCAGCACUGCCAGCGCCGCCAGUACUAGCAAGGACAAUGACGGUGGCUUGCUUGGAGGACUCCUGGGUGGUGGUUCGUCCCAGACGACCGGCUCCCCCGCUUCUAGCACUGCGAGUGCUAGCAAGGAAAACGAUGGUGGCUUGCUCGGUGGCCUCCUAGGAGGCAGUUCAUCCCAAACGACCAACUCUCCCGCUUCCAGCACCGCCAGCGCCAGCGCCAGCGAAGACAAUGACAGCGGUCUGCUUGGCGGCCUCUUGGGAGGUGACUCCAAGGACAAUUCAACAAGCUCUCCUGCUUCUAGCACUGCAAGCGUCACCAAGGAUAACGAUGGUGGUUUGCUCGGCGGACUUUUGGGAGGUGACUCUACGCAGACCCCAACGAACUCUGCGUCGAGCACAGCCAGCACCAGCAAAGAGAAGGGUCUGCUUGGUGGUAUCCUAGGUGGUGAUGACUCCAGUACUGCGCCCACAGCUAGCAACUCGGGCUCGCCAUCUUCCACUCCUGCCUCGAGCACCAACGGUGGUGGACUGCUUGGCCUUGGAAACAUUCUGGGAGGUGAUGACAGCUCUGCCACGCCCACGGCUAGCAAGACCGGUGGAUCCAACUCGACCGUCACCUCUGCCACGCCCACUAGCACCAAUAACGGCGGUCUUCUUGGACUAGGAAACAUCCUGGGUGAUGAUGACUCGACCAGCACCAGUGCUACACCCGCAUCUAGUACCGCUAGCUCCAGCAAAGAAAAGGGGUUGCUUGGUGGUCUCCUGGGAGAUGAUGACUCUAGCCCUACGCCCACGGCCAAGGGAUCCAACUCUACUGUUGCCACUCCUUCUGCUUCGAGCACCAGCGAAGGUCUUGUUGGCGGUCUUGUUGGUGGCCUGCUCGGAGAUGACGGUAAGCCGACCCCGUCAUCCAGUGGAUUUGCCUCUCCCUCUCCUACUAGCAAGGGUCUGGUCGACGGCCUGGUUGGGGGCCUCCUUGGAGGUGAUUCGACUUCUAGCAAGCCCCUCAUUCGCCCUAGUGGAUCGGGUUCUUCCUCGUUCAGCGUCGGCUCGCCUACUCCCACUCCCAGCGAAGGUCUUCUUGGCGGUCUCUUGGGUGGUUUAUUGGGUGAACCUUCUUCGUCUGGUCUGCAAUCCAUCUCCAUCAACGUCCCUACAUCGACACCUGCCUCCGCGACUUCAUCGGAGGGUCUUUUGGGUGGGCUACUGGGCUCCAUUUUGGACCCUGAGUCUUCUACCAGCGGCUCCCCGAACGCACCAUCCAGCGGCCUGUUCGGUACUUCGAAAUCUCCUACCCCCACCGGCGAAGCUGCUCCCGGUAGCUCUGCCCACCCUACUCCUUCUAGCGGCUUGUUCGGUUCCAACAAGCCAUCGGUGGUAGCUACUAGCAAGGCAUCGCCUACUCCUACGCCGUCUAGCAGCCCGUCUCCUACACCAACCACUGAGCAGCAGACGAGCUCGACCACCACUCAGGCCGUCACCCACAAGCCUACCACGACGGAGGACAACGACUGGGUUCCCUCAACUAUCCUGGUGGAGCCUCCAAGCACUACACACGAAACUGAGACUCACAACACUGCCACUGCGACUAGCCAGCCCACUCAGCUUCCUGGAUCUAUUUCGCCCGCCGGUGGUGUGACCAGCAUCCCUGCCAACUCGUCCCUUAUUCAAAUCGGUUUUAACGGCAAGCUGCGCUACAGCUUUGUGGCCAGCACGACUUUGUCGUCGUCGCAGAUCUUCCUGUACAUCCCGCAAGGUCUUGGAUAUGCUUUGGACGUUCUUGGUGAUGAGAUUUCGAUGUUCGCGAUCCAGCCCUAUGACAACUCUGCCAGCACGGGUUACGUUGCCACUGUUGCCAUGGCUUACAUCCCUACGGACGCGGUCGAAGAGCUGCGUGACCAACUGCACAACCCGGGAUCCCGCCUCUACCACCAAGCCAGCGCAUCUGUCAACGCUCUGAUGUCAAUGAUCGACCCCACCAUCCCUCUGGUCGUUGGUGGGUCCGAUUCUUCCAGCAGUGGAAGCGGCACGUCCAAUGGCGGUGGAUCGAAUGGCAGCAACGAUGGCGAUGAUGACUCCAACUCCAACAACGACAAUGCCGACGGUGGUGCUAGCGGCUCUUCGUCCACUCGCGCUAGCUCUGUUGGUAUUGGUGUUGGUGUUGUGGGUGGUGCCGCCGCUUAUGGUGCUGGUAUGUUCUGGGUGGCCCGUCGCUACCGCAAGAGACGCCAACUUCACCAGCGUACCAACUCGACUGUCGAACAGCAGAGCGAGGGCCGUGGAGGUGGUUCUCCAUUUGCUGCCGGUGGUCGUCUUUCUCCGCACAGUCUCAGGAGCAACCGGACUCAGAUGAUCAGUGCGCCUGUUAUGGCCGAGAACUCUCUGGGAUGGAACUAG